UAGAAUCCACGAGUCAGCGUAAGGAGGUGGCACACUCAUAUGUAUGACAUACACAAAUGUUUGUUCUCUCCUUUUAAUAAGCACAAAAAACAGUGGUCAGGUUAGAGUGCAAACUGUGGACGUGUGGAACGGUGCAUUAUUCAGUUUGCAGCUAUUUUACAACCAAAUAAUAAUACCAAUAUAUAAUUUUUGGUCUUAAAACUGCGCCUAAAGGGUUGUUGGCUUGGUUUCUAAUCUGCUCGCCACUAUGACUACUUCAAAGCGCCUAGCGGACAGGAAAAUUGCAAGGUUUGAAAAGAAUAUUAGCAAGAAAAGUUCAGAAAACUCUAAGAAGGGAUAUGCCUAUCCUGUGGGCCCCAUCGUGCUUGGAUUCUUCGUCUUUGUUGUCGUUGGAUCAUCUCUGUUUCAGAUUAUUAGGACAGCUACUAGUCGUGGGAUGGCCUAAGGCAGGAGGAAUGUUUGUGAAAUGUUAUAUAUAUCAAGUAGACAUGUCGAAAACAUAAUAAUUCACUUUAGAUCAGCAAUGUGUUGAUAAAGAGUGAAAUGAGAACUUAACUUUGCUUAAUAAACGAAUAUUUCAUUUCUUAUAA